AUGUAAUAAAAAGACCAUAUAAACUUAUUUUUUACUGGUUAAAAUCUAAAAGAAACUGACCUUCUCAGAAAAUCUGUCCUCUUCUUAAAAUUAUAUUUAAUAGAUAAUAAAAAGCGUUAUUUAUUAGGCCAAACAGAGCCUUAAUAAAACAUCUAAUGUUUCACAUGGACCACUCCAAUAUAGAUUGAGUAUAUUUUCUAGAAAAAGCAAAAACUAGAAUUCGAAAUAUAUGAUAAAGAUAUAACAAAUGACGAUCUAAUAGCUAAAGGCAAAUGUAAAUUAGGUCAAAUAAUGGUAGAUCGUGCGAAUAAAUUCGAAGUAUAAUUAAAAUCAAAGGACGGUAAAAAAGACUAAG